AGCCGCCGCCCGCCGGCGCGCCCCUCGCGCGCGCGUGCCCGGCGUGGGGCUGCGGGCGGGCGACCCUUCGGCGGGCCUGGCAUGAUGCAGGACGACGACGACGGCGGGCAGCUGCUGUCCGGGAGGUCCUCGGGUACGAUGGGCGCACCGACCACGGCGCCCGGCCACGGACCUCCUCGGCCCCCGUCCCCGCCGUGAGCCUCAACGGCGGCGGCUGGAAGCACUCGGCCGCCGAAGAGGGGCCCCCCGCCGCCCGCAGGGGCGCCGAGGGCCACCAGGAGAGGAGCCGUCCAGUGACGCCAGGGAUCUGCGGCUGCUGAGGGAGCUGUCCCGGGACCUCCGGGAGCAGCUUUGCCAGAGCGUGCGCGAGGCGGUCCGAGAGGAGCUGCAGAGCAUGCCGCAGGCCUCUCGGGCAGCGCUCGGGGUGGAGGGCUCUGCGGCCGAUGCUGGCGGUCGCACGCACGGGCUGCACCAGACCACCGACAUCAAGGACAUGGCCAGACGUAACAAUUUGGCCACCUCACAUGCGACCGCGGACGAGGGCGCGGACAUGGCGUGUUUCGUGACAUCGCACAAAGUGGCGAACAGGGGGUUGAGCGCCAGGUUCGAUCUCGUGGCGGAUCCGCUGGCGAGGAUCUUCCCCCCGGAGCAUUCCUGCUUCGCGCCGUGGUACCGCCUCGCCUCGUGGUUCCUCAGCUUGAAGGAGCCAGAGAGGACUGGCUUCAUGGCCAGGCUGAGUAGGUCGUGGACGUUCGAGUGCUUUUCGAUCCUUGGGAUUUCGCUGAACUGCGUGUUCAUGAUCGUGUCUGCCGAUGAAGCUGUCCGUAAUUAUUGGCGCCCAGAUACAACACCCACAUUGAAAAUCGUGGAGCUGCUUUUCCUCUUUUGGUUUGGGAUCGAACUGGGGAUCCAGAUGUACGUCCACGGGAGGUACUUCUACAUAUCGCCCAGUUGGAAGUCACGGGUAUUGGAUACGUUCUUGAUCGUAUCGUACAGACAUGGAGCGUCGCAGGCAAUUACGCCCUGAUCUCGUCGCAGCACAACCUGAGCUUCUUCAGG